AACCUGUUUCUGUUUUCGGAGAGCGCGCAUGCGCACUCAACGAUCAGCCUGUAAUAAAUAUCGCGUCGGUCGAGAUCGAAUAUGUUCUUGCGGUGCCUACAGUAGAAGUAGACUGCAGAGAUGACUCCACAGACAGUAGGUGUUUUAGGCCUCAUCCUAAGUGUGGUGCUGAUAGUGAGUGGUUUUCCUACUGAGCAGCCAGAAAAUGGGAAGCACUGGGUUGUCAUUGUGGCUGGAUCCAAUGGCUGGUACAACUACAGACAUCAGGCUGACGUUUGCCACGCCUACCAGAUCGUCCGUAAGAACGGAAUCCCAGAUGAGCAGAUUGUGGUGAUGAUGUAUGAUGAUCUGGCUAAAGACCCUAAUAACCCAACCCCGGGAGUGAUCAUAAACAGACCCAAUGGAACCGAUGUUUACAAAGGGGUGCUGAAGGACUACACUGGUGAUGAUGUGACUCCUCAGAAUUUCCUGGCGGUGUUGAAAGGUGAUGCAUCUGGUGUGAAAGGAGGAUCUGGGAAAGUGCUGAAGAGCGGUCCAAAUGAUCAUGUGUUUGUCUAUUUUACUGAUCACGGAGCCCCAGGUCUAGUGGCCUUUCCUAAUGAUGAGCUUCACGUAGAAGACCUGAUGGAGGCCAUCAAGUACAUGCACAGCAACAAUAAAUACAAGAAGAUGGUGUUUUAUAUUGAGGCCUGUGAGUCUGGCUCUAUGAUGAAGCCUCUUCCAGUUGACAUUGAUGUGUAUGCCACGACCGCAGCUAAUGGUAAGGAGUCCUCAUACGCCUGUUACUACGAUGAGGCCAGAGACACUUACUUGGGAGAUUGGUACAGUGUCAACUGGAUGGAGGACUCAGACGUGGAGGAUCUGAGCCAGGAAACACUCGCGAAACAAUUCAAGAUCGUGAAAGCCAAAACCAACACCAGCCACGUGAUGCAGUACGGAAAUAAGACGCUGUCCCACAUGAAGGUGGUUGCCUUCCAGGGUAACUCGAAAGGUCGCGUUGAGACGUCUGAGCCCAUGUCAUUACCUGUGAUUAAGGAACUUGACCUCAUAAGCAGUCCCGAUGUGCCACUUGCAAUCAUGAAGAGGAAACUUAUGAAAACCAAUGAUAUCAAGGCCGCCCACGUUCACCUGCAGGAAAUCAAUGCACAUCUGCAGGUGCGGGAGCUGCUUGCAAACACCAUGCGUAAGAUCGUAGAACACGUGGUGCAGGACAAAGAGGAAGUGCAGACUUAUCUGGAUGGGCGGGAAGAUCUCACACAGUAUGCCUGCUAUAAAACCACCGUCAAACACUACAAACAGCACUGCUUUAACUGGAACCAACAAGAGUAUGAAUAUGCUCUGAGACACUUGUAUGCUUUAGUCAACCUGUGUGAGGGAGGAUACCAGGCCAAUAGAAUCACACUGGCUAUGGAUCAUGUGUGUUACUUCAGACUGUAGAAAUGUGAACCGCUGAGGGCUUGUGUUGGAUGAACUUCACUUUGCACUAAAGAAUCUGACUGUGGGGAAAUCAUUAACAUCACACUGCGAUCGAAUCCUAGCUUUGGUUUUAAUCUGUUUGAAAGUGUUUUUAUGAGGAAUUUCACUUUUACAUUUUUAUUGUGAAUGUUUUACAGCUUUUAUAUUUUACUCAAAAGUGGUGUGUUUUAGGCUGCUGCCCACGAGAACUUCUAAAUCCUGACAACUUUUUUAUUCCCUGAGAUAUUUCUGCACCUCAGUGACAGUUAUUGUCAAUCGAGUAAUAUGUCGAGUGUAUAAACCAAACUAUUUGCAUGUCCAGCCUAGAAAUAAGGUUGAAUUCUAUAGGAUGUUAAAUGGAAACAAAGAUACAUUUAUUUAAACACUAGCAUUGUGCUACACAAUAUACUUGUUAUAUAUGUAUUGAGACAUGACAGUGCCCAUUUUAUCUUCUUGUGAAAACAAUGUAGCUUAAGCAUUUAUUGGUUGUAUACCUAUUACAGUAUAGAUAUAUAAUAUCGUACAUUAAGUACAAAACAAAUUAUUUACGUAAAAACGUGUGGUCAUACCUAACAAGAAGUGUCUUAAAUGACUGAGAUCAGCUCACAAAAACAGCUGCAGUUUAAGCAGUUAAUAAUCAGGUUUGUUUUGUGUGAUGACUGUAGUGUUAGGCUGGUUAUUUUGUCAAGUGCUCUGCAUUAAGACUAAAUUCAGGCCUCAUCCCUCUGAACUAAAGGAGGAGUUGUGUGUAAAAAAAAUUAAUUUUGUUUAGAUUUGGUACGCUGAUGGAAGGCAAGUUUGCACAGGUGACAAAUGAGCUAAAACUUCUGAAACUAUACUGAACUACUGUACAAGUUAUUCUGUCAAUAUUCUUAAUUUUUGUUAAGCAGUGUCAUUUGAUUUAAAAAAAAUUAAAUAAAUGUAUUAAGUCUUUGAA